AUGAAUAAUGGAUCUAUCACAACUGUGCCUGAAGCAAGAGUGCACGUGGAAUCCCCGUUCUUCACUGGUUGGAUUAAUGCAACAGUUAUGUCUGAGCCAAUUUCUGAAGUGAUAAUUGGGAACAUUGAAGGGGUUAAGAGUAGCUGCUUCAUGGAGGCGACCACCCAGACUUCUGCUGCCGCCGUGACCCGACAGCCUCUGCCAGUAAUUUCUGAGCCUGUUGAGAGGGUUGCCGUUGGCCUUGUGGGGCCCAUCAACCCUAGGGCAAGCGAUGGGUCAAAGUAUAUCCUCACACUCAUUGACUCCAGCACGAGGUGGGCUGAAGCCGUACCUCUGAAGAAUAUCGAGGCUGUAACCGUUGCUGAAGCAAUGCUGGAAAUAUUCUGCAGAACUGGCAUUCCCAAGCAAGUGCUAAGCGACAGAGGUAGUCAGUUUAUCUCCACCAUGAUGGAGGAAGUAUUCCAUCUGUUGUUGGUAAAAGGAAUACGCACAUCAUCCUACCACCCGAGUUGCAACGAACUAUGCGAGCGAUUCAAUGGGACUCUAAAGAAGAUGGCAGCUGAGCAACCAAAGGAAUGGCCUUGCUACGUUGCUCCCUUGCUUUUUGCGUAUCGCGAGGUUCCGCAGAGUUCCCUUAAGUUUUCCCCAUUCGAAUUGCUGUAUGGGAGAACUGUUCGAGGACCCUUGCAUAUAUUGCGUGAAUUAUGGGAUGACGAGCAGCCUGACCCAGAAGUACAGACCACUUACGCCUCGCUGACCGUCUUCAAGCUACAUGUGAGUUGGCCAUACAAGAGCUCAUCAACGCCCAGCACACUCAGAAGAGCUACUAUGAGGAAAACAAAGCUUCGUCAGUUGAACGUUGGGGACAAGUGCCUGGUCUUACUCCUCACUGUGCACAACAAACUUCUGGCGCAGUAUAAGAGCCCUUACGACAUUAUCCAACGUGUAUCUGACUACAAUUAUAUUAUCCAAGCUGCUUUCUCCGCCAAGAAGUUUCGGCUUCUGAACGACUUCACCAACACCAAGGAUGAAUUGCAGAACCUAGAGAGUGGCACAGAUAGCGAGAGUGAGGACGAGGAUCAUGAACAAGGUUUGGCUGACCAUGAAGUGCGAGUCAAGCAGUUCUGA